GGAGAUGGAGAAACAAAUCUUGAGGAAAUAUUGAAAGGACUUCAAAGCACUGAUCCAAAGAAAAAAAUAAAAGCAUAUAACAAACUUCGAAAAAUGGAUGGUGAAGAAAUAGUAGAACAGCUUAAAGCUCUUGGUCUUUACGAACAAACAUUAGGACCUCAAACGCACGGUUCCAACGAUGAUGAUUUAGCCCAAGCAAUUCUACAGUCUCUUGCAGAAAGCAAUCAACCGAUAAUAAUUAGAGGCUCUUUAUAUUUAUUUAAAACUUUAUUUAUAAUUUAUUAA